GGCAGGUGUUCACGCAACCACGGCAUUUGUACUUUUCAAUCCCAGAAAUCAGGCCAGACAAUUAUUGUAUUUUAAGUAUUAAAAAUGAAAUAAGUUUAAUAUGAAAAGUAGGCGCUUAAUAGUUCUUUGGGAAAAAAAUGGCAUUAGUUUACAGUUGUUGUUUUUGGUUUUCUUUAAGACUAGGUGGAAUUUUAAUCGGACUUUUUUGCUUGUUUCAGGCAAUUUUCAUACUCAUAUUGUGUUGUUUGGGUUACACUUACGCGAACACUUUGGAGGAUGAAAUCACCGAAUGGAUCAACAACUACAAUCUUAUUUACGCCGAAGAUUAUUUAAUUAACGUCAGCGAAGAUCCAGUCAAGUAUAUUUCGUUUACUGUGACAUUAUCAUGUUUUUACAUUUUUAUAUGCAUAAUGUUUAUAUACGGAGCUUAUAUGGUGAGUAAGCGAAAUAAUAUCCUCAUGGUUUCCUUUAUAUUACUUGAAUUGUUAAGACUCGUUAUGCUUUCGACCCUUGUUGCUACUGGGCUGUUAAUACUGAAACAAAAUACGAUGGAUAUUGGUGUUCUAAUUGGAGCUAGUGUUUUCGGCGGUUUUUUAUUGUUGGGACUGUUUUAUUUAUGGAUAUGUUGCGCAAAUUUACCAAUAUUGAUUAAUGAAAUGGAACGAGAUGAACAAUCUAAAACAAUAGAAAAAUUGCAAAAGAUUAUAAAAAUGAACAGCUUCAGAACGCAAAUCUUUGGUGAUCAUUCGGCCAUUUUUCAACCAUCGGAGCAAAGCCAAAAAAUAUUUGUAACGCCGAAGAGGAAAAUUAAAAAAAAUAAUGUAAACACUAUCCGGCAUCCAAUACGUAACACUAAGUAUUAAAUUUUAUCCUUUUAUUCAGGAUAAUAAUUAAUAACAGAAAAUAUCUAACCUAAAAUUAAGGAAAUACUAUUAUAAAAUUAAAAGCAACGAACAUUACCUAUUUGUAGGUGUCCUAGAAACAGUUAAAAUGUAUGCAGCUGUAACUUUAAAAAAUAUGUAUAAAACGCGUCAUGUCUACUCACGUGGUAUCUGUUUUCUUAGAAAAAAUGGCACCUGUCUGUGUAAUUGAACACCGUCAUUGUCAGAUCGCUCAAUUGGAGUACACCGGGCGUAUUAUCGUGCAGACCACGGUCACAUACAUAUCGAAGGUUAGGCACCAAAUCGAUAAUGAAGCUGCCUACCUAGUGUUGUCCCCACAAGUCCAAGUCCUAAUAGGGAUGU